AUGGGGCACGGCGGCGGCGGUAGCAGCGUGGGGCUGGUUCAGUCGGCGGUGAAAGCUUACAAUUUGAGAGACGCGUCCAAUUGGUGGCAUGACGUCAAUGACUCUCCUCUUUGGCAAGACCGUAUAUUUCAUGCUCUCGCUCUUCUCUACGGUCUCGUCGCCAUCGUUGCCCUGGUUCAAUUGAUUCGGAUACAAUUGAGAGUGCCGGAGUACGGUUGGACCACACAGAAGGUCUUCCACUUUCUCAAUUUUGUUGUCAAUGCAGUUCGAGCAGCAGUGUUUAUUUUCCGCCGGCAAGUGCAGAAGCUGCAUCCAGAGAUUGUCAAACAUAUCUUGCUUGAUAUGCCAAGUCUUGCUUUCUUCACCACUUACGCACUCUUGGUUCUAUUCUGGGCAGAAAUUUACUAUCAGGCACGUGCUGUUUCUACAGAUGGACUGAGGCCAAGCUUCUUUACUAUUAAUGCUGUGGUUUAUGUAAUUCAGAUUGCUAUGUGGUUGAUAUUAUGGUGGAAGCCUAUACCAGUUCUGCUCAUCUUAUCUAAGAUGUUCUUUGCAGGUGUGUCCUUAUUUGCAGCCGUUGGGUUUCUUCUAUAUGGCGGAAGACUCUUCUUGAUGUUGCAGCGAUUUCCUGUAGAAUCAAAAGGACGACGUAAGAAGCUGCAGGAGGUUGGCUAUGUGACAACCAUAUGUUUUACAUGUUUCCUUGUCAGAUGCAUAAUGAUGUGCUUCAAUGCAUUUGAUAAAGCAGCAGAUCUUGAUGUUUUGAAUCACCCAAUUCUAAACUUUAUAUAUUACCUGUUGGUGGAGAUAUUGCCUUCUUCUUUGGUCCUUUUCAUUUUGAGGAAGUUGCCUCCAAAGCGCGGGAUCACACAAUAUCACCCUAUUCGCUGA